UUAUCGCUACGAUUCAACAUGGCGUCUCCAAUCGCCUUUCGUCAUGGGUUGAAAAAUGCCGGUAGACUAGCAAAUUUUCUUUCAUUAACUCCAAAGGGUAAAACCGGCAUAUUGGCCUGUAAGAGAUACGGAUCAACAGCCCUAUCAUAUGAACAGUCUUUGUACAACGUACCUGAAACCAAAGUCACCACACUUGCCAAUGGUUUAAGGGUUGCAACUGAAGACUCGGGCCUUUCAACAGCUACAGUGGGUUUGUGGAUCGAUGCAGGUAGCAGAUUUGAAACAGAAAAGAACAAUGGAGUUGCACAUUUUUUGGAACACAUGGCAUUUAAGGGUACUAAGAAUCGCUCACAGAUGGAUCUAGAGCUGGAAGUAGAGAAUAUGGGAGCUCAUUUGAAUGCUUACACCUCUAGGGAACAGACUGUGUACUAUGCCAAGGUGUUCAGCCAAGACAUCCCUAAAGCUGUGGACAUUCUGGCAGACAUUAUUCAGAAUUCAACUUUGGGCGAGGCUGAAAUUGAACGAGAAAGGGGCGUGAUCCUGCGGGAAAUGCAGGAAGUUGAUACGCAGUUAGAAGAAGUAGUGUUUGAUCAUCUCCAUGCCACAGCGUACCAGGGUACCCCACUUGGGAGAACAAUUCUUGGGCCAACUCAGAAUGUUAAGACUAUUACGCGUGAUGAUCUUGUAGAAUAUAUCAGCAAACAUUACAGUGCUCCAAGAAUGGUUCUUGCUGCAGCUGGAGGUGUGGAUCAUGAUGCUCUGGUCAAACUAGCAGAACAAAAUUUUGUUGGUUUAAGAUCAACCUAUGAAUCACAAGAUGUCAUCAAUCCAUGCAGAUACACAGGCAGUGAGAUUCGUGUCCGUGAUGAUGACAUGCCAUUGGCCCAUGUAGCUCUUGCUGUUGAGGGAUGUGGCUGGACUCACCCAGACUACUUUGGCCUGAUGGUUGCCAAUAUGUUGAUUGGUAGCUGGGACAGAUCAUUUAGUGCUGGUAGAAACAUCAGCAGUAAACUUGCCCAGGAUAUGGUGGAGCACAACUUGGCUCACAGUUUCAUGUCAUUUAACACUUGUUACACUGACACUGGACUCUGGGGUGUUUACUUUGUAGCUGAUAGAAUGAAGAUUGACGAUACAGCAUAUUGCAUCCAAAAUGAAUGGAUGCGUAUCUGUACAAGUGUGACAGAUCAUGAGGUGGCUCGUGCUAAAAAUCUGCUCAAGACCAACAUUCUCAUGCAGCUGGAUGGAUCGACUCCUAUUUGCGAGGAUAUUGGACGACAAAUGUUGACGUAUGGCCGCCGCAUUCCACUCCCUGAGCUUGACAAACGAAUUGAGAUGGUUGACGCCAAGAUGGUGAGGGAUAUUGCCACUAAAUACAUCUACGAUCGCUGCCCGGCUGUCGUUGGUGUCGGUCCCAUCGAGCAGCUUCAGGAAUAUAACAGACUUCGAGGCUCAAUGUAUUGGUUAAGGCUUUAAACUGAAUUAUUUGCGUAUCGCCUUUAUUAUUUCACGAUCAUCUGUUCUCUUCUCACUGCACAAAGAAAGACAGAGAGGACUUUGUAUUAGCCCUGGUGUCGUGUGAAACUUUGAUCUGUAAAAACUUUAGAAAAGAUUCGACACUUCCAAGCUUGUUUUAAUAAAAGUUUAAAUCGGUUAUGUUUUACUCUGA